AUGGUGCGCGGCGCUGGGGGAGGCGGAGGCGGCGCUCGGGGCGGGCGUCCUCCCGCUUGGGGAGUUGGUGUUUACCGUGUUGUUACAGAUCUUAUAGCAGUCGGUUUAAAGCGGGGCUCUGAUGAGCUUCUUUCUUCUGGCAUCAUUAACGGACCUUUUACCAUGAACAAUUCCACUCCUUCUGCAGCUAAUGGGAAUGACAACAAGAAAUUUAAAGGAGAUAGACCUCCCUGUUCGCCUUCCCGUGUUCUCCAUCUUCGCAAAAUUCCAAGUGAUGUCACCGAAGCAGAGGUCAUAUCAUUAGGUCUACCAUUUGGCAAAGUAACUAAUCUUUUGAUGUUGAAAGGAAAAAGCCAGGCUUUCUUAGAAAUGGCUUCUGAGGAAGCUGCUGUUACUAUGGUGAAUUAUUACACUCCUGUUACUCCUCACCUUCGAAGCCAGCCUGUUUUUAUUCAGUAUUCCAAUCACAGAGAACUUAAGACUGACAAUCUGCCUAAUCAAGCUAGAGCCCAAGCUGCGCUGCAGGCGGUCGGUGCAGUCCAGUCAGGAAGCCUGGCCCUUCCUGGAGCUCCUCCCAAUGAAGGCACAGUCUUGCCGGGGCAGAGCCCUGUGCUCCGAAUAAUCAUUGAGAACCUCUUUUAUCCUGUUACCCUGGACGUUCUUCAUCAGAUAUUUUCUAAAUUUGGCACAGUCUUAAAGAUUAUCACCUUUACAAAGAAUAAUCAGUUUCAAGCCUUGCUUCAGUAUGCUGACCCAUCAAAUGCACAUUAUGCCAAAAUGGCUCUGGAUGGCCAGAAUAUCUAUAAUGCAUGCUGCACUCUACGUAUUGACUUCUCCAAGCUCACCAGCCUUAAUGUGAAAUAUAAUAAUGACAAAAGCAGAGACUUCACUCGCUUAGACCUUCCCACUGGUGAUGGCCAGCCAUCCCUUGAACCCCCUAUGGCUGCUGCUUUUGGUGCACCAGGAAUCAUUUCCUCACCAUAUGCAGGGGCUGCUGGAUUUGCGCCUGCUAUUGGAUUUCCUCAAGCUACAGGUCUGUCGGUCCCAGCUGGACUAGGUCCCGGAGCUCUCGGCCCCCUCGCAAUCACCUCCUCCGCUGUCACUGGAAGGAUGGCCAUUCCUGGGGCUGGUGGUAUGCCGGGAAAUUCCGUUCUGCUUGUCACCAAUCUUAAUCCUGAUCUCAUCACACCACAUGGACUUUUUAUACUAUUUGGAGUAUAUGGUGAUGUACAUCGAGUGAAGAUAAUGUUUAAUAAGAAAGAAAAUGCAUUGGUUCAGAUGGCAGAUGCAAAUCAAGCUCAACUAGCCAUGAGCCAUCUGAGCGGCCAGAGGCUUUACGGGAAGGUGCUUCGUGCCACACUGUCCAAGCACCAGGCAGUCCAGCUUCCUCGAGAGGGACAAGAAGACCAAGGUCUGACUAAGGAUUUUAGCAAUAGUCCUUUGCAUCGCUUUAAAAAACCUGGCUCUAAAAACUUCCAGAAUAUUUUCCCCCCAUCAGCUACUCUGCAUCUUUCCAACAUCCCCCCCUCUGUUACAGUAGAUGACCUGAAGAAUCUUUUCACAGAAGCUGGGUGUUCAGUGAAGGCUUUUAAAUUCUUCCAGAAAGAUCGCAAAAUGGCACUCAUUCAGUUGGGAUCUGUGGAAGAAGCAAUCCAGGCCCUCAUUGAGCUUCAUAACCAUGACCUUGGAGAAAAUCAUCACCUCAGAGUUUCCUUCUCAAAAUCUACAAUCUGA